GACGUAUGCUCUUUUGCUCGGAAGCACGACACCUUGAUGAGCCUUGUGUGUACCAUGAGCAAUGUCAACACACCAUGGAGUUUGCAGAGUGUGCAAGAGGUUCUUGUAAGUGUCAAAGAGGGUUUGUCAAAGUUGUCUUCGGGUUCCGAGAAGCUUGCAAGAGAAAAGUUCACUGGAAAGACAAUUGCAUAGUGAAUGCACAGUGCACCUCGAGGGGGAAAGGGGAGGUUCCUUUACAGUGUCUUCGUGGAGUGUGUGACUGUCCUCUUGGAUAUGUCUUCCUAGAGACGUGGUCAAAUUCAGGAUGUUUCAAAGAAGCGUAUCUUGGAGACCGAUGUAAAACUGACAAGCAGUGUUUACAACCCAACAGCUACUGCAGCUUAACAUCAAGAAUAUGCACGUGCACUCAUGGGUUCUAUUAUUUUGGAGAAGUCUGCAAAAAAAGACGAAACAUUUCUACAAUCACAAACACUGAUGAUUCUCUGUACGCCCUAGCGAUUGCUGGAGGAAGUGUGAUCGGUCUUGCAUUCUUGUUUGCUGUUGGAUUCAUGAAAAUGUAAGUGUGAUUUCAUC